GAGGAGUUCUGUGUAAUAACAAUAAAUUAAUUAUAUUGCAUUGCGGAGGCAGUACCAUCCAAAGAUGGAAAAUAACUUUGAAAGUUAUUGUCGAAUUUGUUUAGAUGUAGAAUCAAAACACAUUUCAAUAUACGAGGAUCCUGUUAUACACUUACAUAUUAAAUCAUGUUUAUCUAUGACUGUGAACCAAAACGAUAAUCUUCCGAAAGGUAUUUGUGAAUCUUGUAUAUCGCAGCUGAAUAAUUUUUAUAAUUUUCAACUAAAUGCGCGUUGCUCGCAAGAUUGGCUCGAAUCCACUUUACACGACAAGAGAAAAAACACAGAAACUAAAACCUUUAUAACGCCACUUCCUGAUUCCGAGUACAAUUCAGAUUCACUCCUUGAAUUUUUAAAUAAUACAUCCAACAUUGAGGAGUAUUUAAACAACUUAGGAAAGGAAGACAUACCAGUGAUAGUUAACAUGUUAGACAGAACGGAAGGCGAUAAAUUAGCCAAAGCAAAGCUUACAAGUCCAAAAAAGAAGGAUAAGCAAAAUUCUGUUAACAUGAACAUUGAUGUUUUGGACUCAGACAUAGAAAUAGUUAAAGAGUUAUUGAUGAAAGAGUCAGAACCGAAAAAGGACAAUCUGCACUCAUGCUUUGCUUGCAAAGAAACAUUGGAUAGCAUUGUAACUCUAUCACAACACUUGAGUAUAUGUGAAAGUGCGAGUCGCACUUGUGUGCUAUGUAACACACUGUUUGAUUCCAAACAGAAGAUGCUUCAGCACCUUCUAACACACAAUAUAACAGCCCCUUUAACCUGCACUUGUGGCAGAAAGUUUGAAGAUAAUGAAAAACUUUUAGCACAUACAAAAUAUUGUAAUGUUGAUCAUAUAGCAUCCAUGGGUUUCAUGUACAGGUGUAAGCAAUGUAAGGAGAUGUUUACAGAACGGUUCCAGCUGUACAAACAUGCUAAGAAACAUGUGUUACAGGCUGAACAGAGGAUGUGUGAUAUAUGCGGACAUACAUUUGUGGGUAAUGAGGCAUUAACAAAACAUAGAAAACAGGAGCAUAAUAAACCUAAUAACUUCCAUUAUAAGUGCAAAGUGUGUUGUUUUACAACAAUGAAUCGCAAAGAAAUGUACAAACAUAUACAAAAACACACCAAUGGCAAGGAUUCCAAACACCUCUGUGAGUCCUGCGGCCGUUGUUUUUCCUCCCGAGUUACAUUACUACGACAUUUGUUACAACACAGCAAUAGCAAUAGAUGUCCUGUUUGUUCCAAAGUGUUUACCGAUGAGAAGAAAAGAGACAAACACAUGCUGGACCAUGCGGAAAUGGUUAUGUGCGAGAAGUGUGGACAAUCUGUCAACAGUGUAGAACUAAAUAAACAUGGCUGCUUAUAGUAUGUUUUUGUUUCAGUAAAACUGUUGUCAAAAUAUAACCAAAUAAAAUACUUAAGGGGUAAACAAGAAACAUUUAUUAAAAUUACAAUGUGAACACUCAACAUUGUAAUG